AUGGCUACUCAAAUCUUCAACAACGAUUCCAAACCCUACCUUUCCGUUUUCCGUGGAAGAAAGGCUGCUCGCAGAUCCAAGCCACCUAAAGGGAUCACAAUCAAGAAACCAAACAUCUUGCUGCAGAGUGCAACAAACGACGUCGCUUUCAAGAAACCCAGGGUUUGCUACGGCAAGGAUGCGUUUCCUGACUGCGUGAGCGUCGACGAGUACAAGAGUUUGGGGAAGAUUAGCUCAGGAUCCUACGGCGUAGUCUACAAAGUCGAGCACAAGAGAACCGGAGAGAUCAUGGCGAUGAAGGAGGAGUUCAACGGCCUGUCUCCCUCGACAAGGGCUGAAAUCGAUAUCCUUAAGUCCCUCGCUGGCCACCCCUGCAUUGUGCGAUUCGAGGAGGUCGCGGUGGAUGAGUACGACGGCGUUUAUGUGGUGAUGGAGUACAUGGAGACCGAUCUAAGAAGAUACAUGUCUCUCAAGGGAGAUCAUGAUCAUGGCCUUGCAAUCAGCCAAGUGAAGAAGCUGAUGAAGCAGUUGAUCCAAGGUGUAGAGUUUCUUCAUCGGAACAAGGUCCUGCAUAGGGAUCUCAAGCCCGCGAAUGUGCUAGUAAGCAAAGGGGGGCAGUUGAAAAUAUGCGAUUUUGGGCUGUCGAUUAGGGUUGAGGAUGAGGACGAGGAGGAGGAGUGCAAGGUGGGACGCUGUGGGGAGUCGGAGGAGGAUCAGUUGCAUGAGAUGUAUUGCAUUCUUGGCCAUCCUAGUGCUAAGAAGAAUGUUGAGAGUUCUAUUUGUGGUGCAAAUUUGAUGCUUUCGGGAGAUGGAUUUGAUCUGCUUAAAGGGUUGUUGUGUUAUGAUCCAGUGAAGAGGAUGACUGCAGGAAUGGCUCUCAAUCAUGCUUGGUUUGAAGAUGAAAUUACUUCUGGAUUUUGUUGA